GGCACUCAGGCGCACGCGCAGAACCCGAUCACGGAGCAAUGGGUGCCUCCUGCGCAGGCGUCAUGGGCCUGAGGGCGGGGCCUGGCCGCGCCGCGGUGCGCAGGCGCAGCUGACGGUGGGUCGGGGCUUCGGUCGACUGAGAGAUCUGAGCAGGCAGCGUCACCUCACUAGCCUCGAGAUGGACAACAGGAAGCGCCUGGCAUAUGCCAUCAUCCAGUUCCUGCAUGGCCAGCUGCGGCAUGGCGGACUCUCACCUGAUGCCCAGGAGAGCCUAGAGGUUGCCAUCCAGUGUCUGGAGACAGCCUUUGGGGUGACAGUGGAGGACAGGGACCUAGCUCUCCCCCAGACCCUGCCAGAGAUAUUUGAAGCAGCUGCUGCCAGCAAGCAGGAGACGCCACAGGACCCGAGGGGCCCUGAUAGGACACCACCCUCUGAGGAGGACUCCGCUGAGGCAGAGCGCCUCAAAACUGAAGGUAAUGAGCAGAUGAAGCUGGAGAACUUUGAGGCAGCCGUGCACCUCUACGGCAAAGCCAUUGAUCUCAACCCCUCCAAUGCCGUCUACUUCUGUAACAGGGCUGCAGCCUACAGCAAGCUGGGGAACUACGUGGGGGCCGUGCAGGACUGCGAGCGUGCUAUCGGCAUCGACCCAGGCUACAGCAAAGCCUAUGGCCGCAUGGGCCUUGCGCUCUCCAGCCUGAACAAACAUGCCGAGGCCGUGGCUUACUAUAAGAAGGCCCUGGAGCUGGACCCUGAGAAUGACACGUACAAGUCCAACCUCAAGAUUGCGGAGCUGAAGCUGCGGGAGGCGCCAAGUCCCACGGGAGGCGUGGGCAGCCUGGACAUUGCCGGCCUGCUGAACAACCCGCACUUCAUCACUAUGGCUUCCAGCUUAAUGAACAGCCCCCAGCUGCAGCAGCUGAUGUCAGGCAUGAUCUCUGGCGGCCAUAACCCCUUGGGCACCCCGGGCAGCAGUUCAUCGCAGAGUGACUUGGCCAGCCUCAUCCAGGCGGGCCAGCAAUUUGCACAGCAGAUGCAGCAGCAAAACCCAGAGUUUGUGGAGCAGAUCCGGAGCCAGGUGGUGCGCAGCCGGACACCCAGCGCCAGCCACGAGGAGCAGCAAGAGUGACGCUCAUCUGUGUGGUGAUCCCACCGCUCCUCGGCCUCCUGGUGUUCUAGCGUUUUCUCCGUCAGGCUGCCCGAGAGAGAGAGACUGGACCUGCAUGUUAAGACGGACUCGCCCCCCUGUGUUUCUCUUCAUUCCCAAUCCCCCACUUCCAUUUUUUGUAUUCUUGCCACCCCCGUCCCUUCCUAGGAGAGUCAACCAGACAGCUACCCACCAGCACCCACUCCUUCAGCACCAGGAAGGCUGCCAAGCCCUACCCUGCUGGUUUAAAGGGACUUGAAUAGUUGACUCUCAGCCCCCUGGGAAGUGUCCACUGCCAGCCCCAGACAGGUGCCAGCGUUCUGUGCCCACACUUGGGUUGCAGGCCCCAACAGGUACCCCUGCCUGACUUAUCUCGGUGGCCUGUGCCACACAGGCAAGACCUGUGACUUUUGCCCCGAUUGUGGACUGUCCAUGUCUCCUUUCCCCGGCUUGUCCUCUUCACAGCCAUCGGCCAGUCCUGAUUUUGUGUCCAGUCCUGCUCCAUCCUCAGCCCGGGCAGGAGACAUGGACAUUUUGUCCCAUCUGUGCUCCUGUCCUCCAUCUCAUGGGAAUUCAGUGUCUCGGGUUGGUGGGCAGUUUGGGGGUGUUGGCCCCCGUGCCAUGUUCUGAGCCCUGAAACAGCCACCAGAACCAUUUUUGUUCAGGGACAGUGCACAGUGAGUGAGACCAUGCAGCUGUCCCCACCCCUGCUCUCCCCGGGAGCGGGGGGCAAGAUCACAGGACAGCUGAACCAGCAGUGGGUCAUGCUGGCGUCAGACUGCGUGGCAGUAGUGUCAGCUGUGUGUGUUGUAGGUAGCCAGUAGGAAGAUGGGCCCUGUGGCUAGUGCCGUCUGCUUGCAGGCCGCAGCAAUGCCCACCUGGGCACAGAACUCCUGGGUAAUAAAGAGACAAGGGUGAUA